CCCUCUUGGCCCAGCUUGGCCCCCCUUGCCCUCUUACGUAUGUUUAUGUAGUUCAGUGCUCCAGUUGCCCCGAUCAUAUAUUUUUGUCAUCGCCAAGCUUCAUCAUCCUCAGGAAGAUUGCAAGAGCCCUCUCCUGCUUCAUCACCAUCAUCAUCAUCAUCCACUUGAUACUUGAAAACAGCCAACGCGUUCACAUCCACCUCACGAAACGAGAUGUCCCAACCACAGGACGAACAACCAGUCACCUCGGAUGCUACUCUCGAGCAUGACCCGGAUUACCAACCAUUGGUCCAUUUGACUCAAAUCGAAACUAAAACACACGAAGAAAAUGAGGAUGUCUUUUUCAAACUACGUGCCAAGCUCUUCAGAUUCGAUAAGACAGCUUCGGAGUGGAAGGAAAGAGGGACCGGGGAACUAAAGCUACUACAAGAUAACACGACAAAAAGAAUCCGCCUGGUGAUGCGUCGAGAUAAGACGCUCAAAGUUUGUGCAAACCAUUUCAUUACCGCGGAGAUGGUCUUAGCUCCAAACGUGGGCUCCGAUCGAUCGUGGGUCUACAACACUACCGCUGACGUGGGUGACGAGGGUGUUACAGCAGAAACACUAGCGAUCCGGUUCGGUAACUCUGAGAAUGCUAAUGCAUUCAAGGCCAAGUUUGAAGAGGCCCAAAAGAUCAAUGGAGGUCUGACAAAAGAACCCUCGACUACGACGAGUACCGAUCCAGCACAACCCGAGGAGAGCUCGACGACCAAGAAGGAAGCUAAAGAAGAAGAAGCAGCAGCACCAGGCUCAAAGACGGAGGAAAAGAAGUCGUCUGAGGAGGUCGCCGAGUCUAAGGAAUCUGCACCGGUCGUCCAAUCUGAUGCUACCGCUCAGGCGGUCGUCGAGACUACGACUUCUGAAACUCAAAAAGAUGCUGAACCAAGUGAUGCUGCUAAGGUGGAAUCUAAAGAUGAUGACAAAAAAGAAUAGAUAAUGUGUUUGGCUUUGUUUAACGAUUGAUUUGUUUUCUUCUUCUUCUUCUUCUUCUCUCUCUCUACUCUUAUAAGUAGUUUGUUGGUUUCAAAAUACUCAAUCGUAAAGAAGCUAGUGGAAGAAUUAAAAAUAAAUGUCGUUUUCCUCUUUUUUUCCAAAAAAAAAAAAUAAUCAAUCAAUCAAAGAAGGAAUUAUAACAACUGCACCAUCAUCAUCCUCUUCUUUCCUCCCUUUUUUCUCCUAAUUUGAACAUUUUUCAGUUUCAUUAUAUGUUCUCUGAGUGUGAGUUUUCUUUGAUUUUUUUCUUUCCAAACAAAAAGAGCA